AUGCCAACAAUGCAAGCUGAUUUUGAUAGACUUGGAAUAUUCAAGGAGAUGUCUUAUGUUACUAUACGUGACCAGUAUGAUAAACAAGAUAGUCACCAAACUCGGUCAGCAUUCAAAGGUAAACAGAUGUAUUGUGAUGGAUUUAAACUCAAGUCCGCAAAUACGGAUGGUUAUUUUGGACCUUUCACGCGAAUUUUCACUGGUGAUAACAAAAUCGAUCUGGAAAGACUUAUUAGAAUCCAAAGAAAGGAGAGCUCAAAGAAAAUAAGAGGAAAGGCUUGGGCUCCUCCGAACGGAACCCAUCAUCUUCUUGGCUUAGGCAGCUCUAUAGAUACUUUUAGUGGACCCAUACCCUACUUUAGACCAAUAACGAGGCAGAACAACCAAAUGAAAUCUCACAAGAAGAAUUUUUAUACUUCCCCAGCCAAGAAGGGCUGCGGCUCUUACAUUGAUAUCACGAUAGGAAAAUAUCCAAACUACAAGAGUGAUCCUUAUGAUAAAAUUAAAAAAACAAGUGCUAAAGAAAGCACAUCAUCUGGAAAACAGUUUUAUCUCAACAUGCAUCCCCAGCAAUACUUUGAUAAAAAUCCUUACCACCAAGUGCGUAUUAAACGAAGGCCUUUCACUUCAACUAUCAAAAACUCAAUACACCCGAGAUCUGUAUUCAAACCGGCAAGUGCGUCAAAAUUAAUGGGUGGAUGUAAAGAUGGUUGUUUCAGCCCUUUCCCUCAUUAUACCUCAGAUCGACCCAAGAAAACUGUCCUGGUAAAAUAUACCAAACCGCCACUCAAAAUACCAUCCUGUCCGAAAACAUAUCCUAUCACUUCUAUUCUAGAAUUAAACGUCAAAAGACGCAUCAAUUCGUCUAACUAUAAAAAUUUUAAACCAUCUGCUAUCGACAGCUAG